UAUAAUCGCCAUCAUCAUCGUCAUUGCCACCAAAAAAACAGCAGCAAUCUUUUAGUGAGGGGGGAAUGCAAGACUGAUUGAGAAAAAAGGGAAGGGAAUAAGUAGGCAGGAUCUCACAGUGACGCCCUUCAACCUUCUUUUAGGAAUUAAAAAAAUACCAGUAUGAUAAGAAACAGAUUACUGCUUAUUUUAAGCUUCCUCACUGCAUUCGUCUUAGCUCAAGGGGCACUAGUAAGCGAUAUGCAUAACCUGUUCACGAACGUCAUUCUGGCCUCUGACCACAGGUACCUGCCCCUGAUCAACCAGACAGACAGAGUACUCGUCAACAUCUCUAUAUCUCUCCUGUUUAUUUACGACGUGAAUGAGGUACAGCAGACUAUGUCGGCGUGUUUCAUGUAUGAUAUUACCUGGACGGACGAGUUGCGUCAGUGGCGACCUGAAGACUAUGGCGGUAUCUCUGACGUCCAACCGGACCCUCUAGACAUCUGGAAGCCUCGGUUGUUGGCAGCAAACUCUAUUGGAAGCCAGGAUUUUAUUGGGGACACUUACGCUCCUCUGCACCUAUACUCCAACGGACAUGUCACAUGGCUUCCUGGAGGAAUCGUUCAUUUUUCUUGCUCCAUGAUCCUGACCUACUUUCCCUUUGACACCCAACAAUGUCACUUCGCUAUUCUCGGUGGAGAAAUUGCAUCCCAUGUGACUUAUUCAAUGGGCCUGGCAAGUAUAUCUGCAGGUCGUCAUGCAAAAAACGGCGAAUGGGAUAUCCUAGAGAUCCGUGGUGCAAGCCUCAUUUCACACACUACAGGGCUACCUCUUGUCACGUGUUCCAUAUCUCUUAGACGCAGACCUCAGUUCAUCGUCUUAAAUAUCAUCAUGCCUGUUAAUCUUCUGUCCUGUAUCUCCGUGUUCGUUUUCUGGGUACCGGUGGAGAGUGGAGAAAGAUUGUCACUGUCCAUCACCACCCUUCUCUCUCUGACCGUAUACAUGAGCGAGAUAUACUCAGAUCUUCCAAAAACCUCAGAUCACAUGCCCCUGCUUGUUAUUUACCUCAUGUGUCUUCUUGUGCACAGCAUUUUAGUGCUCAUCAGUAACAUUAUCCUUCUUACUGUGUAUCACCACGGACGAGAUAACAAUGAGAAAAGCAAAACCAAUUGCCAGAGUAAAGACAAUGAGUCACAAAUAGUCACUGAAUCAAACCAAAAUACGUACACAUCCCAACUCAUGGAACAUUCCCACAAAAUGUACAAUAGUUCGGUAUCUCCGCGCUCCGGUUUUCACUCUCGUGAUACCGUAAAAGGAAAGGUAUCUCAGAAGGGAACGACUAUGACGAAACUUCUUGACAUAAUGUGGGGAAAAUUAGCGUGUCGAUUUCCUGAAAGUGAGAACAAGGGACAAACAGCUUUGACAAGAGUACUCUCAAGGGUGCUCACUUACAUUGGCCUCGCUGACUUAAUUCUCUUUAUUCUUUUCUCUGUUAUGUGGCUCAUCAUCUUUGCAGUAUUCACUGUCGUAAUCAAUCAAGGAACAAAUUAACUCAUUCCGGCUCGACUGGCACGUUAUAUUACGUCGACCAGUUGUUCAGAUGCACAAAGCCCAGCAUUAAAAAAACCCCACCCAAACCCAAGCAUAAUUUAUUGCAGUUUUUUAAUCUGUGGUAUCAGUUGCAAGUGCUUGAGGAAUAAUUUUGUCAGAAUACAAUUUCUAAAUGCUGAUAAACACAAGAAAAAGUACAUUAUGUAGGGGUAUACUUUUUAAAAGAAUGAAAGAGUUUUUCCUCUCUUCUGAAUAAAAGAUUUUUUUUGGGUUAGGGCUUAGAACAGAUGAACAACUUGACGUCGAUUACUUUCGGCGGGUAUUUGGAGAAUGCCACUUGCAGGUUCUACUUAAAUACAUUUUUUAGUCUGUCCGUCUUGCUUUUCACCAGCAUUAAAUAAAAGCUAUAGUGUUUUCGUUCUUCUCUUUACUCAAAAAUGCCAAAACUUUUGUCAGAUCUAGUGUUUUUGGGCUUCUCUUCACUGAAAGUCAACGAAAAAACUGUUGUCAGAUGACAGAGUUAUGUAUUUUUAAUUGAACCUAGAAGGGAUUUAUGUUGUAAGUUUUGAACCCCCCCCCCUCCACAGGCAUAUACUAUUUGG